AUGGCCUACCAACUCCUCCCCGAAUCAACGGCCCCGCCCACGCCCGACACAACCCCCAUCUUCCCCAUCAUAUUCACGGCCGUCUGCGUGGUGCCCGCGCUCGUCAUCGGCGUGUCCUCCUUCUGGCACCGCUCCGAGACGUCGGCGCACACGCUCUUCAUGACGGGGCUCCGCUUCUUCGCCAUCGGCUUCGCGUACAUGGUCAUCGGCGUCUUCUCCGUCCCCAUCCUGGGCCUGCACUACGUCGACAAGAAGCAUGUGGAGGAUGUUGAGGUCGAGGCUGAGGCUGAGGUUGAGGGAGAUGGUGGACUGGAUGUGGAGAAUUCGGUUGCGAUGGACGGAGGAAAUGUUACGGCGGCCGGGUGGGAAAGACGGGAUUCGGUGGAAGAGUUGGAAAUGGGCAAUGUCCAACGAGACGAUGCCGGUUACAUGAAGGCUGAGAAGGGUAUCGGUGAGAAGGAGGAAUGGUGA